AUGCAGAUGAAACCUAGUGUGAAGUUUGAUGCAAAGAAGACUACUAUCCCAAACAACGGUACUUCGAAACCAAUUACGUCUCAGAUUUGGUCCAAAUCUGGAAACUGUCCCAAAGGGACAAUACCGGUUCGUAGAGUCAGUAGAGAAGACAUAAGCAGAGCCUCUUCACCGUAUCAUUUUGGGAAAAAAACUCAUCAAAGAUAUAGUUUUCUCGACAAAGCACUUGAACACAAGGGCAAUUUCAAUUUAACCGCUAAAAAGAGAAACCAAGGCGGCCCACAGACACGAUCGGACGCGGUCAUUGUCGCUCUAGGGUUCAAUUUUCUUGGAGCUCAAUCCGAUAUAAAUGUCUGGAACCCUCCAAGGGUUCAGGCUGGCGACUACAGCACUGCUCAGAUCUGGCUGUUUGCUGGCAUCUCAGAUACAUUUGAGAGCAUAGAAGCUGGUUGGAUGGUGAAUCCAGGCGUUUUUGGAGACUCACGCACACGUCUCUUCACCUAUUGGACUAGAGAUGCAUACACUAAAACAGGGUGCAUCAACCUUUUAUGCUCCGGAUUUGUGCAAACAACGACUAAGUUCGCACUGGGUGCAGCCAUAGAACCUGUUUCACGUAUUUCGGGUGACCAAUAUUCCAUCUUCGUUAGCAUGUUCCUGGAUCCAAACAGCGGGAACUGGUGGCUGACUUGCGGAAACAACGUGAUGGGUUACUGGCCGGGGACACUCUUCAGCAACCUGAAACACAGCGCAACCGCAGUGCAGUGGGGUGGAGAAGUCAAUAGUGAUAACGUGGGGACGAAGAAGCCACACACGAAAACUUCAAUGGGGAGUGGAGAAUGGGCCUCUGACUUCUUUGGCGAGGCCUGUUUCCACACCAACGUUAGGAUCAAAGACUAUUCCUUGCAGAUCAAGUAUCCCCAGUAUCUGUCCGAGUACGUUGAUGAGUACAAUUGUUAUUCUGCAAAGCUCCAUCGGGAUACGUACAUCUCAGAGCCGCAUUUUUAUUUUGGAGGACCUGGCCAGAAUCGUCUCUGUCCUUGA